AUACUGAAAUCCUGUAUCGAUUAUCGAUAUACUGUUUGUUUGUUUCUCCUGGCGGGCCAUAACUAACUAUCGGGCAUUUCUACUUGUCAUCAUUGAGCUCUGCGGCUUGCAUUUCAAAAGUCAUGUUUCGCAACCAGUAUGAUAGUGAUGUUACGGUAUGGAGUCCGCAAGGACGACUUCACCAGGUAGAAUACGCAAUGGAGGCCGUGAAACUUGGAACCGCAACUGUAGGUCUGAAAAAUAAAGAAACUGCUGUGCUUGUUGCUCUUUGUAAGCCCACAUCCGAGCUGUCGGCCACCCAGCGCAAGAUAAUCCCCAUUGAUGAUCACCUGGGAAUAUCAAUUGCGGGGAUCACGGCUGACGCCCGUGUUUUAAGCCGGUACUUACGUUCCGAAUGCCUGAAUUAUAAGCACUCGUACGACUCUACUUAUCCGGUCUCCCGGCUGAUCACAAACCUGGGAAACAAGAUGCAGACCACUACUCAGCGCUACGAUCGACGUCCAUAUGGAGUAGGUCUUCUGGUCGCCGGCUACGAUGAAAAGGGGCCUCAUGUCUAUCAAGUCACGCCAUCGGCGACCUUUUUUAAUUGCAAAGCCAAUUCCAUUGGAUCACGUUCCCAAAGCGCACGCACCUAUUUGGAGCGCAAUCUGGCCAAGUUUUGGGACUGCUCAAACGAUGAUAUCAUCUGCCAUGGCAUUCUGGCUAUUCUUGGAACUCUUCCCACAGAUGAACAUCAAAGCAAAGAAAAUGCAGCCCAGUUUAACAUUACUGUGGCCAUCGUCGGUAAAAAUCAGCCAUUUAAAAUUCUUACAGAGGCAGAGAAUGAAAAAUAUCUUAAGAUGGCCAAGGAGAAGGGUGCUCCAGUUGAAUCGCCCAGGGACGACGAUGAUGAUGACCGCCCAUCUCCCCCAGACGUACCAGAAGCCGGGCCUCGCGACCCAGAAGUCUUGGUUGCGACUGAGCAGCGCCCCUAAGCUUUUGUACGGAUAUGAAAUCAUCUUAACCAUUAAAAAUGUAAGAUUGAAGGAUACAAUAAAAUUGUUCAUGCAUUUGCAUAGAUCUUAAAACUGAAA